CGGCGCUCUCCCGCGUCACAGCGCCGGGCGGCGGCGGGGAGAUGCGGCUGCUGGCACUGGCGGCGGCUGCGCUGCUGGCGCGGGCUCCGGCCCCGGAGGUCUGUGCGGCCCUCAAUGUCACUGUGUCUCCGGGGCCCGUGGUUGACUACUUGGAGGGACAGAAUGCCACUCUCCUCUGCCACGUCUCCCAGAAGAGGCGGAAGGACAGCUUGCUGGCCGUGCGCUGGUUCUUUGCACACUCCUCCAACUCCCAGGAGGCCUUGAUGGUGAAGAUGACCAAGCUCCGGAUGGUGCAGUACUAUGGGAAUUUCAGCCGCAGUGCCAAACGGCAGAGGCUGCGCCUGCUGGAGGAGCAGCGGGGGACACUUUACAGGCUCUCUGUCUUGACACUGCAGCCCUCUGAUCAAGGGCAUUACGUCUGCAAAGUCCAGGAAAUCAGCAGGCACAGGAACAAGUGGACGGCCUGGUCCAACGGCUCCUCAGCCACAGAAAUGAGAGUCAUUUCCCUCAAAGCUUCUGAAGAGUCAUCCUUUGAGAAAACGAAAGAGACUUGGGCAUUUUUUGAAGAUAUCUACGUGUAUGCUGUCCUUGUGUGCUGCGUGGGGAUCCUCAGCAUUCUGCUCUUCAUGCUGGUCAUCGUCUGGCAGUCUGUGUUUAACAAGCGGAAAUCCAGAGUGAGACAUUAUUUGGUGAAAUGCCCUCAGAACAGCUCAGGGGAGACUGUCACUAGCGUGACCAGCUUGGCCCCACUACAGCCCAAGAAGGGCAAAAGGCAGAAGGAGAAGCCUGACAUUCCUCCUGCAGUCCCUGCCAAAGCUCCGAUAGCCCCCACGUUCCAUAAACCGAAGUUGCUGAAACCACAGAGAAAAGUCACCCUGACUCUAUUUGUUAGAGGCCAGUCCCUGAGUCCAGUUCACAUUCAAGCCAAAGAUUGCUGAGGAAAACUUAACCUAUGCCGAGCUGGAGCUGAUCAAACCCCACCAGGCUGCCAAAGGCGCCCCCACCAGCACUGUCUACGCCCAGAUCCUCUUCGAGGAGAACAAGCUGUAGCACCGCAUCCUCCUCCAAGGUUCUAUUUGAUGCCUGCCACCCAGUGAUUUAUGAAGCCUUGGAGACAAAACCCUUAUUUCUGUAUUUUCACUCGUGCCUUCUGAGUGGUGGAGAGCCCCCUUUUCAGCUGCAUUCUGGGUGCCUUUGAAGAGGUACAAGGCUGCUCUCCCCAAAAGAAUAGGGGCCACAGAUCUUGACAGAUCUCCCAGGACAAGAUGCGCCUGGGCCUGAGCCCUGAGUGUAAGGACUCUGAUCCUGAGAGCAGCCAAAGAGAUUUUCUGCUGAGCCAAAUCCCUUCACAUUUUCCUCCUCUUUCCCCAGGUUUUCUUUAAAAUCGUUUUUAAAUCUUAAUUUUACUCUCUAGUCUUCCCGUAUCUGUGAUACAAGCUCAUAGUUUAUAGCUAGAGGAAAUGCCAUUAUGGACCCAACUGUAAGAUGGCACAUAUGUUGGUUUUCCAAGGAUCAGAUGGCGUUGCCAGCACCGCCUGAUUGCCAGUACCGCCUGAGAUGACAUCUCUUGUUUUAAAUGGAUGCACUGACCCUGAAGAUUAAGGCCAGAGGGGCAGACUGACUAGAAGUAUAAGGUCUGUCUCUGAAUGCCAUGGUGCCCACCUAUGAAACCCUGAGGUCGCAGGACAAGAAGAACAGCAUUCUAGAGGGCUUUCAUCCCUUUGGCAAAGUGGACCUGUAGUGAUAGAGAAAUGUACUCUCCGAGAAGUGCUUACUCACCCUUUUCCAAAGGAGCAGAGGUGUUGGCCAUCAGGAGCCACACUGGAGCGCAUGGGCCUCUUCACUGUGUGCCAAGUUCAGUCACCUCUGAUUCAGCGCUUGAGGGUAUCUGCUGCCGGGUGCCCUCAGGGUAGGAGAGUGGGAAGUACACGCCAAGCUGGAAAGUGUAUUCUGAAGAUCUUCCUCUUGCCAAGUGCCUUGCCCAUUGCAACCUUGUAUGUGAAUUCUAAUGGGUUUGAAUGGGGGUCAGGGGUGCAUGGGGAAGUUGUUCUGUGGACCUGUGGGACACAGGGAUCUUGGACUCACUGGCAGAGAAUCCAUUCUGGAAGCAUCAUCCUGUCAACUGCGUUGUUGAGGACAUUUCUUGAUGUGUGAGUGUAGUCUGGGUGGCUAUUUACUGCACACUAUAGGAAUCGUUUGACUAUGUAGUGGACCAUUUGUAUAUGAUAAAUUAUCUAUUUUAAACACAGCUGGGAUAUGAGUUGUGCCUCUAUAUAGCUGUGUGAACUUGACUGAGUUUCUUAUCACCUAAUGAUCUCAGACUCCAUGUUUGUGUAAAGAUGACUUAACUUCCCAUAGAAUUCUUGAGGGUAAAACGGGGUAAUGAAUCUUGCCAGGUCCUAGAAACUGUAAAUUGCUACAUAAAUGCUCUGUGUUGACAUUCAUGCUAAAGCCAGUCUGCAUUUUCAAAAUGAAAAUUUCUUCACUAUUUAAGGCUUUCAUUGCAAUAACUUUAAAAAGCAAAUAUUUGUCCACCAACUUAGCCCUACAGUAAUGUUCCCAAAGACUCAUGAAAGUUUAUGGUUUAUUGGAAAGGAUCCAAACUGGAAGCAGAUAUUGAUUUUCUGGGAGCAAACCGGUCUGCCUUUACAAAGUGGAAGUUCACCCUCUCUGGAUGACACCUGUGUCUCCUUCCUCCCUCUCUGCCAGAUCUCAAAGGCAGUGAAUAAACCAUGCAGCUUUUGAGGAAGAAAGACCAAUUUGGAAGAAUUCACUAGAACUUCUUUGAGCAUCUCUUUGAGGGGGGAGGAUAUCUGGUUAGCACAUCAUUCAUAUUAUAAUUAUCACAGGGAUUUUUAAUUUUAUCAUGGCAGUGUUCUGACAGAUGUAUAGUGUUUUGAGGGCAGAGGAUGAUCUCCUAAUUUGCCCAAAGAGCCUUAUGGGUUAGUGGGGCCCUGGGGGUGCCAAAUGGGAAGGAGAGGGGGCACAUGAAAAGGAAAUGGUGGGAAGAGGACAACGGGCCAGGGGGUAAUAUCUUGCCAGGCCCCUUAGGCCUCUGCAGAAUGGAAAUGGACUUCAGUCACCCUCAAACCCACCCACUUAAAUCCAAGGAGAGCUUAGGGUUAUUAUACAUGGACAGGAGCACAUUCUACCAAGAACACAGGCUCUUGAGAGCUGGUAGCUCCCAGUUAGAGUCGAACCAAUCACUGUUAUAGAUUGAAUCCAGCCUCUUUCUCCCAAACUGUGGUGAUCACUGCACAAAUCCACACUAAGGUAUGUGAAUGGGGACCUGCAGUUUAUCUUCUCCUACUGAAAAUGCUGCCCAGGGGAAUCUUGGAAGCUAUGGACAGCAUCCAGGCAGAGCUUGUCCCACUGUUAUCUCCCGAAGCAAACGCCCAAGCUGUGCUCAGAACUGGAGGCCAUGGAUGACUUGUAUCUGGUGCUUGUUUGAGAGGAUACAUUGACAUUAUUGCCAUAGUAAGCUUAAAAAAUGUGCCCACUCAUUCAUUCUUUAUCCGUGGACCACUAAUCAUGCAUUGUCAUUUCCAAAGAUAAGGGAAAGCAUAUCACAUAUCGUUGACAUAGAAAUUAGGGAAAGUUUGUCAAAUUUGUUUUUACUAUAAGGCAUCAUCGGUAGAAACUAUAUAUGAGUAAUUUUCAAAAUGGACCAUUGCUUAUAUGUUUAAAUGAAGCUAAAACAAGUAUGAACCCAUUGCUUAGAGUGCAGUGGCUUCUUUCAGGCAGAGAGCAGAUGCUCUCAGAUUUGGUGGUGAGUUUUGGCCUUGGCAUGGUUGGCAUGGAGUUAUCACAGGAAGCCGGGAGGUAUGAAGGGGCAUCCACCUGGGUGAAACUGUCCUGCCAAGCCAAAUCCCUGAGGCCUGCCCUGAAGCAGCUGUAGUGGAGCAGAGACCUGGGAUUCCUUAGAGUCACCUCUUUACGAAUGUACCGCCACUCUGUUAGCUCAUGGGGAAAAUAAGGAAAAACCAGGCCUCCCACCUCCUGACUCUUGUGAGAGUGAAGACAACAUGGGGCAUUUAGAAAAUACAUUUUUAAUGUAUGAUAAUAUGGGCUGGUCCACACAGCAAUAAGCCCAAAGACCCCCUCGCUUUGGGGAUUAUUCAUGGCCCUGCUCAUCACAACCUCUGAUAUGCAUGACUGUAACCUAGGCUGAGCCAACAAUGGAGCUCAUGCCAGAAAUGGUCCCAAGCAUGCAUGUGGCCCCCUAGGAUAAUCAAAAUCCUGGGGAGAAAGAAAUCAUCUUUGCCUUGGGCAGUGAAGCUGGAAUGACACAAAUCUAUCUGUUGCCACAUCUCCUGCCUAGUGGAGAAGCCUUGGAAGGCAACAGACACUGAGCAAGAAGCAGGGAGGAGAAUGUCCUGGAACGGCAGGACUCCACCCCGAGUCCCUAACAUCCCCAGACUCUUCUCUUCCAUAAAUUCUCUAAUUACCCUGCUGUUUAAAUCUUGGUUUUGGUCAAGCAAGUCAGGUUGCAUACAGAAUUUGAAUACAGUAUGCAUCAAAGUUGCUUCCCAGGACAGGAAGCAAAACAAACAAAAAAACACACUGAUAUCAGUACCCAGGGUGCCCAAUUAGGGCACACCCAGUGGCUGCAUUGCAGCCUGUGAGCUCCCGCUGAACUGUGCGCCCUGCUGCCUGAGUGGGCCCCGCCCUGGGCUUCUCAAUGGAGAGCUUUCGAUGGGGGACUCCAGGACUGAUGCUCUCCCUAAAGAAGGGAGGCCUCAGGUUUGGAGAGGGACACCGUCAGGACCAGAGGAAGACUGAGGGGCGCUGGCGCCAACAGGUGGAAGGGAACAGCGUAGUAACACAGAAGAGCCAUGCCACAUGCAUGCUGGAGGAAGUCUUUCUGUGUCAACCUAAAGCUUAGGCUGGCUUCCAUGUGGAACAUGACAUCUUUCCAGUAUCUCUUAUCCAGGAGACUGCAGUAAGACCCAGGUGACCCAGCUCUGUGUCAUUUGGAGCCCAUUACAAGGUGAGGCAGCCACAUGGUGGGGACAUUGACCCCACCCCAGACCACACUCCCAUCUCCAUACAUAGGAUAGAAACUGUUCAUCAGGAAGGAAAACCAAACAGAAAUUCAUGGUCUAGGGGCAAGGUCUGCAUUGCACAUGGCCAUGCUGGGUUGGAGUGGCCGUGGGGUGUCCAGAUAGAUGGGCACGUAGACUAGUGCUUUCUCAACCUUAAUGCAUGCACAAAUCAUCGCGAUCUUAUUAAAAUGUAGAUCCUGGCUGGGCACGGUGGCUCAUGCCUGUAAUUGCGGCACUUUGGGAGGCCGAGGCGGGUGGAUCACGAGGUCAGGAGAUCGAGACCAUCCUGGCUAACACAGUGAAACCCCAUCUCUACUAAAAAUACAAUAAUAAUAAUAAUAAUAAUAAUAAUAAUAAUAAUAAGCCAAGCGUAGUGGUGGGCGCCUGUAGUCCCAGCUACUCGGGAGGCUGAGGCAGGAGAAUGGUGUGAACCCAGGAAGCGGAGCUUGCAGUGAGCUGAGAUCGCGCCACUGCACUCCAGCCGGGGGACAGGGCGAGACUCCUUCUCAAAAAAAAAAAAAGAAGAUCCUGGCUCAGGAGGUCUGGGAUAGGACCUGGGAUUCUGAGUUGCUAAGAAGCUCCCAGGGAUGUUCAUGCUUCUGGUCCCUGAACCACACUUUGAGUGGCAAGGAUGUAAACUGUUAGAAAUAUGGAUCUGGUGCUCAUUGCAGGAAAGGGGGUGUCCUCAGGGCAUAGGUCACAACCGAAGCCCGGACAGUGGGCAAGAUUCCCAGGGAGAGGCUGCCCGUGCACUGAAGAGGGGAAGGGCUGGGCCUGAGCGGUGGGGAGCACCCAUGCUGGCAGGUACGCAGCAGGUGAGGAGAUCCAGGUGGAGAUCAGAGGACAGUGACAGUCACAGCAGCAGGGGAGAUCCAGGAGAAAGCUGCGCUUGGGGGUCUCUCAAAGGAAGAAGGGCUCUGUGGUGUGAACUCUGCAGAGGGCAGGGAGAAUAGAGGUUGAGCCUUUGCUCAUUCUGAAUUAAUUGAUUACUCAUUUUUAAAAGUGCUUUCUUUGGGAAAAAAGCAUUCCCCAGUGCACAAGGCUAACAGACAUGGGCGCUGAGCUGUGUCUGGUCUGCUGAGUGUAUUUUCUUCAAAAUAAUCCUCAUCUUCUCAAGGGGUGGGGAUUUAGACAAGACUCUUCCUGAACACACAGUGUGGUGGGGAAGGGAGGCUGUGGAAGUUUUCUGUUCCUUCUGUUGUCACGGGUGAAAGAUGACUUGGUGCCCAAUUUCUAAUAAACACAACGCUAUUAGCGUCACUCCAA